CUGUAUGUGUGUGAAGGAAUGCGAAGCUACAGGGGUCACUACGCACAGGAAACACACACCAAGGUGUAUUUAAACCUCACAUUUGUGACUUUUGUGGACUUAUUUCACACAGCUGCUUUAAGGUGAUUAUGGGAUGUACCAGCUCCUCUACUGUGGUGCGACCGUUGACACCGGAACAGGCGAAGGGAGACGAGGAUGAGACAGGAAGUAGGGUUUAUGGUCGUGGAGACUCGGCCGUGUCAAAGGACACCACAGACAGUGGGGUGGUGAUGGAGAAUAGAGACAACCCUGUGUUACCUGGAACAGUGCCUGGAGAACUUCCUCCUCUAACAUCUGAGCUUGUCAGAGAAAGUGAUGCAGACAGAAUUACACGAAAUGGCUUCCUGCAGCAGGAGAGCACUGUGCAAGAGCGCCCCAAGUCCAGUGAGAUCCUGGAGGAGCUGCUGAACCAGGGCAUCAUACCAGUGAGACAGAGCAGAGAGAGGUGCAGCGGGACUGGAGAGGCCUAUAGUAUCAUGCUGGAUGAUGGGGAGGGGGUCAGGCGACGACCUCCUGCCAGACUGGAGUCUCUGAAGGCCAAGAAGGCACAAAGUUUCCCCAGCAAAGAAGAAAUUGAGGAGAAGAUGAGACUGGCUGAGGAGAGACGCAAGUUAAGGGAAGAUGAGCUCAAGAAGGGUUUGAGGACCAAGUCGGCCCGUGCUCGGCGCCCUGCUCCCAUCUCCAGCACAGAGGAGGACAAGGACACAGCCCACAACCCUGUUGAGCAGCUACAGCCACCGAUCACCCCAAAGCCCCUUGAUCCACUGCCUUGCUGCCCAAGUGAGGCGGCCGAGGGCAGAGAGCAGGUGAAGUCCAGAGGUGACGGCAGAGAAGUAACAGUUAGAGCAGACACAGAAGAAGGAUGGAGAGUGAAAAAUGACAGCGGAAAUAACAAAGAGGAAGGUGCAGAGGGGGUAAGUAAGUAUAGUGACAGGGAAGUGGAGUUAACCCAGGUGGAGGAGCUCAGGAAGGAUCAGCUCCUCCUCACAGCCUCGGGGGAGCUAGAGAGCGAUUCUAGCUUUCAGCGUGCAGAGGACAAAGAGGAGAUAUUUUAAUUCAUUACAAAAACGAGCCAUGAAUCAGCAAUAAGACAGAUAAAAGAGAGAGAAGAGAGCCAAAGUAAUUCCUUUUGCACAGACAAAAGGCCUGUUGAAACUUCUAAAAUGAAAGAUGUAUUAAAAACUGGCCCUACAGAUGACACCAAGCUAAUGUGGACAUUAACUGUUUGUGCCCUUAUGAAAAAGCAUUGUGUCUACAGCAGGGAAGUCAGGGCUCCAGACUCUGAUGAGUCAAUGUGAGUACUUUUUUACAACUACUCACUCAUGUGCGACCCACAGAUUUGCAGGCUUUUUUUGGUUCAUGUUGUAAAACAAUGGAGCGAGGUGUGUGUCCAGGAGUGAGUGAUAAGUUAACUGCGAGGAUCACGUCAUCUACACUCACCAUUAGGUUCUUUCGAGAUGAACUAUGCCUCACCUGGAAAGUGCCCUUCAGUUGUACUCAGUGUGGCACAUUUACUGUCAUCACUUAAAGUCUGCGAGGGCAGAGACUGCAAACAGCUGAUAGACAGCCCUCGAGACCGUUUUACUCGCUGCUGUUAUAUUCAUAUAUAUGACAUAUGAGUUGAUGAACUAUCCCUGCAGAUAUCAAGAUAUAAAUCCCAUGUAUAGACUUUUUUUGUGACUAAACAAAAAUGUAUCAGUACAUCUCUUUAUAACAGGCUGCACAUGUUCAAAAACAGAAAUGUUAUAUAAGGACAGGAUUAUAACUCAAUAAAUUGGGCAUUACUUACAUUUUUCAGCCUAUUUCACCGCUCAGCCUGAUAGGUCGCAAUAAUAAAAUGCAUUUUUAGUCCCUCUACAACCUAGACUUAAACAUAUUUCUGUAUCAUGAUGUGGUUGAAUCAAGUAGCAUUUUAAUGGACCCAACUAUCAAUAACUAUUUAAAUAUUAGUAAGUUGUUUUUUUUCUGCAGUUGAAAACCCCACAAUGUCACGUACUUAUUGCAGUGAACUGUGGGUUAUUUAAUCAGUGAAGUCUGCUGAAGUCUGCACCCCAAGCGGACUCUCUGGAGGUCUGCAGAAAGUCAGCUUGAGGCCCCUUGUGGACUGGAUGACUUGUAGAUUUGGAACACGCCAGCAAAGGCCACGAGUCUGCAAGUGCAGUGAAGUGCGGACAUUUGGAUUCAGCCGGACAGUUUCUCGACAGCCUUCAGUCCGUACAGGAAGUCACAGAAACAGGAUAUGAUGAUGAUGUCCGAUAUGGUGUUGAUUAAUUAAAAUAUUAUCAGACUCAUAUGUCAGUUUGUUCUCAGUCUCCAAUUGUUUUAAUUAUGAUAGAUAGAUUUAUUAAAGUGCUUUACAGGCGAUUUGUAAUUUAUGUCCAUGGUUCAACCUCCAUUUUACACAAAUUCUCAUGUAAAUCAGCAUCAUAUCAGUUUGCUGCUGCAAAGCAGACCUGUCCCUCAACUACACAGGCUAAAUACAUUGUGUUUGACUAUAAGGUUAAUAUUUUCAGAGGAAAAUAAUACAAGACAACA